AGUCGGAAAGCCCGAGUUGGCUGGGAAAAAGCGAGGCGGACGGUGGCCGGCGGGGCCGGGCCCGGAGGCGGCGGCGAUGGAACUCAGGAUGAAGCGGCGGGCGUCUGACAGAGGAGGUGGGGAAACAUCGGCCAAGGCUCUCUGCACUGGGAUUUCCAGCAACAAUGCCAAGCGGGCUGGGCCUUUCAUUCUUGGGCCUCGCUUGGGCAACUCCCCAGUGCCUAGCAUCGUCCAGUGUUUGGCAAGAAAAGAUGGGACGGAUGACUUUUACCAGCUCAAGAUCCUCACCUUGGAGGACAGGAAUGACAAAGGCACAGAAACCCAGGAGGAACGUCAAGGCAAGAUGCUGCUCCAUACGGAGUACUCCCUUCUCUCCCUCCUGCACAACCAGGAUGGGGUAGUCCACCACCAUGGCCUUUUCCAGGACCGAGCCUGCGAGCUGGUGGAAGACCUGGAGUCCAACAGGAUGGUCCGCAAGAUGAAGAAGCGUAUCUGUCUGGUGCUGGACUGCCUCUGUGCUCACGACUUCAGCGACAAGACAGCUGACCUCAUCAACCUCCAGCACUACGUCAUCAAGGAGAAACGCCUCAGCGAGCGGGAGACCGUGGUCAUCUUCUAUGACGUCGUGCGGGUGGUGGAAGCUUUGCAUAAGAAGAACAUUGUGCACAGAGACUUGAAGCUGGGCAACAUGGUGCUGAACAAAAGGACCCACCGAAUCACCAUUACAAACUUCUGCCUUGGCAAGCACCUGGUAAGCGAGGACGAUCUCCUGAAGGACCAGCGUGGGAGCCCAGCCUAUAUUAGUCCUGAUGUUCUCAGUGGUCGGCCCUAUCGCGGGAAGCCCAGUGACAUGUGGGCCCUGGGCGUGGUCCUUUUCACCAUGCUGUACGGGCAGUUCCCCUUCUAUGACAGUAUCCCUCAGGAGCUCUUCCGCAAGAUCAAGGCUGCUGAAUACACCAUCCCAGACAGAGAUGGGCGGGUGUCGGAAAACACUGUCUGCUUGAUCCGGAAGCUCCUGGUCCUGGAUCCUCAGCAGCGCCUGACAGCCUCCGAGGUGCUCGACUCACUCAGUUCCAUCAUUGCCUCAUGGCAGUCCAUGUCCUUGCUGAGCGGGCCUCUGCAGGUGGUGCCGGACAUCGAUGACCAGGUGGCAAACCCCGAAAGUGCACACGAGGCGAAGGUGACUGAAGAGUGCUCUCAGUACGAGUUUGAGAACUACAUGAGGCAGCAGCUGAUGCUGGCCGAGGAGAAGAACACGCUCCACGAGGCCAAGAGCUUCCUCCAAAAGCGGCAGUUCGGGAACAUCCCGCCGGUGCGCCGCCUGGGCCACGAUGCUCAGCCCAUGAAUCCCCUGGACGCAGCCAUCCUGGCGCAGCGUUAUCUGCGGAAGUAGCUCCUCAGCCACACAAGGGUCGUCCGCCACCCACCUGACGCAGCGCGACAGCCGUGUGCUGGGGAAUCACCAAUAAUGUAGCAAGUCUUCCUCUGCUUUCCGAGCACUGGCAGGGCGAGGGCGAAAGCCGUCUGGGAGGGGACGGCCAACUCGGACUUUGAGUCGAGGCCUAGACGGCUAAUCUGUUUUUUAAACGUGACUCUGAAAUCUACCUCUGUCUUUUUUUAACCACACUGUUCUCUGGACUGAACUGGAGCGUGUUUUGGCAAAGGGCGUCAGAGUGGGCUUCUUUUCUGACGCGAACAUUGGACUGCAGAGAGCAUGUGGGGUUGCGUCUCUGCUCCAUAUGGUUUGAAUAAGCUUAAUCGUUCCCCCCCCCCUUUCCUCCCUCUGGGUUUCAUGAAAGUUAACUAUUUCUUAGAAACCUCCCCCCCCCCGUCCUCCUCUUCCUAAUUGUUCUGUUUUUGAUUUAACGCCUGGUUUGAAUAUACUUUUCUGUAAACGUUGGUUUCAGAGCCCUGUGUGAGCACAAACUUGGCCAACUAGUCAUCUUUACAGCAACCUUGCCGGGGAGGAAGCAUUGCAUGUGACUUCUGCCCCAGGUAGGAGAGCUUCACCCCCAGGGCUGUCCAGUUCUUCUUUUUCUGGAGCACCUCCCCUUUUCCAGCCACUUAAUUCUUUUAUGUGCGUCCUGGGACUUCUGACUUUGUGUUGGGAUCGGGUUUGCUUUCCCCCCUCUAAUCAAUAGCUUAUGGAAGGUGCAGUUAACAUUGCAUUAAUUCUGCUGCUGCCUGCCACAGUGGUAUGGCUGAAGGGGUAAAUCUAUGAUAAUGUGAAAAGUUUUCUCCGUCUUCCCUUCCCUUCCUCCCCCCCUCCCCGCCUCGUAUAUGUCUUGAAUUCAGAGAGGCCAGCUGUUCUCUGCUGCUUGUGUGAUGCUCUUUCUUGCCAUUGUUGCCUUGUCAGGGCACUUCCCUGUUGGCACUCUUCAAGGGGGGAAACACUCCCCAGCAGCCUUGCACCUGGCAGAUUACACAGAGAACCGGCCUGCUCCCUUUUCAGUCUCAUUCUGGGAACUGGAUGCCUCUCUUGCCAGUUAAGCUGCUUGCAGGCAACUCUCUUUGGCCUGCACUGCACCAGUCUCUUCCCCCCCCCGCCCCCACCCAACUUAGGUCUGAUUUAAAGAUGAUGCAGACAAGGCCCAAGUACCCCCCUGGUGGACUUUGCACAGGCCCAGCAUCUUGUUUGCAGUGGGCUGCGACCCUUGCAGAGUAGCAGUGCCCACUAGUAGCCUAGUCCAAACGAGGCUGCACUGCGGGGGGGGGGGGCGCUUCUGCCUUGCCUUGUGCACGCCGCCUUUAAACCCAGCCAUUGCACCCUCUAACCCUUUUUUUUCUUUUGCACCUGGCCAUGGUGUGCGAUCCCUACAGGGACAGAGUCGCAAAAGCAGUUGUGCUACCCGGUGGUACAAAGUGGUUGGUUACAAAACUAGAAGGACUUGUUGGGUCCCACUCUAGCCUGGACGGCCCAGGUUAGCCUGAUCCCCUCAGAUCUCAGAAGCUAAGCAGGGUCGGCCCUGGUCAGACAAGAAAGUUCUUGGCGAGGAGCUGUCUGGGGCUAGACUCCGCAGCAUUAAACUUUGGCAGCAGGAGAGGUCUGAGUUGUGUUCUGAAUGGCUUCAGCAUGCAGGAAUGUUUUCUUUCUUACAUGAACCACAAAAGAAAUUCAAAAGCUGAGUCUUGGAGACCUUGUAAUAAAAACCUGCCAGGUUCUAAGGUGUUGUAUGAUGAGCUGCUUCUGCCGCUGCCUUCCGUGCCAUCAGGGGCUAAGAGGGAGGCUGCCUGGGCCAGUCUCUGGCUUCUGCUGCCCUGGCCACAACGCCCGUUCAGAGUUGCGUCUUUUGUUGCUGGGCUUUUGGGAGGCUCUGGGCUAGGCUGAGUCCGGGAGGCCCCAGCCUCCAGUAGCGUGUUGGCAUGUACAUUUGGCUAUAGUUGCAUUGCUUGGGAAGCAUUAGGCAUCAAGCACUUUCUUCAUUUUUAAAAAUCCAGCUUGGGAUGAAACCAGGAUCAAAGAGCAUUAAAACCUUGUCCUGGUGGUGAGUGUGGGGAGAAGGAGCAGCAGCCUUGGCCAUCAUCUCCCAGGUCACAGAGCCCUGCUUUAGGACUGACUUUCCCCUGCUGCAUCCAGGACCUUGGGGUCUUGAUGGUUUGCACUCUGUCACUGUCCCUUGGGGUACCGGAAUACCCCCUCCCAAAGUGCAGUGGGGUACCCGUAGUCCCACCCAAGAGUGAGCUGCAUAUCAGCACACUUUGCCACCUGGACCAUGUAUUAAGAGCCUGAUAUUAAAUGGGCCCAGCUUGUUCUAAGCCCACCUCCAGAAGGAGCUUUGGGGGUAUCUCCACAGGGAGCUCCACCCCUUCCUGCUCCUAGUUCUGGAACUUACCCAAGACCUUACCAGGCUCGGUCCUGGCGGUGCUGCCCAAGGGGGGGGGGGUCAGGUUACUGUGGCUGCUGAGGAGGGGUGGGGCAGCUCUGGCUGCAAGGCUCGCUUCUCCCGUCUUUUAGUGGAAGUAGCAAGAGCUGGAUUCAAAGUCCAGUAGCACCUUGGAGACUAACAAGGUUUUCAGGGUAUACUCUUUCAGGAGUCAAAAGAUAUCUCACCAAGGGAGCUUUGCCUCUCAAAAGCUGAUACCCCAAAAAUCUUGUUCAUCUCUUAAGGAGCUACUGCACUCUAACAUAGCUAGUCUCCUGGAACUAUCUUCAUGGAAUUAGGAAGACUCUGCUCAGAUUCCUAGGCCUUUGAACGGGCUCUUUCGCCCCUUCCAUUGAGAAAUCUCAUGAAUUCAGGUUCUCACUUUCCCCAAUGGACUCCCCCCCCCCCGGCAUGACAGCCUACAUUUCCUCACCCUCUAUUUAACUUUUUCCUUCCCUAAUGUAGCUGACUGUAUUUGUCUUGCUCUUCCCAGUUCCUCAAAAGAUAGCAAUACUUCAUAGACUGUGCAAAGCUGAGUGAUCUGCCCAUCUUUGGCAUUGUCAUUGUCAUAAAAAGCAAACUGGAAAAAGAUGGAAAGGAAUGGAGGGGGGAGGCAUGCAGCGGCAUGGAAAAUCAGUGUGAGCUAUGGGGUUUUGUUUUGGUGGAUUACUGGUUAGAUGACAGACCGGAGACAAAGAUCCUAUUGUAAAAAAAUUGCAAAGAGAAUUUGUACAGAGACCUAUUUUUGUAUUACAUCCAACUAUUCCUGCAU